AAGACUUCACCUCCAGACUCCUAUAAAACCCAGUGGACUACACAAACGAACGAAAGCCAUAGGCCGGAAGGAACUUCAAUCGCGUGCUUAGCGAGAGGGAUUUGACCCGCGGUACACGCAUCAGUGAAUGAAACUCCGCACGCCGAUCUUCACUUCGCGGCGCAUUCACCUCGAAAAUUUUACCAAACAAAGAGUCUCGUUAACGUCUCUUGUUUCCUCACCUUCUACCCCCUGCGUUGGUCGGGGCUCCCUUGCCGUACCCUGUCGAACCAUCACAUCAUCAAUGACGUCCGAAGUCCCCUCGACUUCCACGUCACCCUCUGCUCCCGCACAGCACAAACCUCUGGUCGUUGGCCGCACCAAACCUCAGUCUGCCACCAUGGAUGCCUCAUCGAGUAGCGGCCCUGUUGACAAAGCCAUCCCCGCUGAGACCAAGGCAGCCCUCAACCACGAGAUCGCCGAGAACGUCAAAUCCAACACCUCAGCCCCCGCCCCCGCAGAGGGAACCACCAAUCCGUCCACCAACAACAAAAAGAAAGAAAAGGCGCCAAAGCAGCCCAAGCAGCCCAAAGCCCCCGCCACGCCCGCAGCGCCGGUGUCGCCCGCCCUCAUCGACUUGCGAGUCGGCCACAUCCUUCGCGCGAUCGCACACCCCAACGCCGAUUCCCUCUACGUCUCCACCAUUGCCAUGGGCGACCCUGAAGGAACAGAACACACCCAAGUGGACGAAGAGACAGGCAAAGUUGUGCGGACGGUAUGUUCAGGUCUGAACGGACUGGUUCCGCUGGAGGAAAUGCAAAACCGAAAAGUCGUGGUUGUGGCGAACCUGAAGCCGGUGAACAUGCGCAGCAUUAAAUCCGCGGCCAUGGUGCUGGCUGCGUCCCCGCCGGCGGAAGAAGGCGCAGACCCGCACGCAGCUGAUCGCAUUGUGGAACUCGUCAAUCCCCCGGAGGGAAGCGAAGCGGGUGAUAAAGUCUACUUUGAGGGCUGGCCGUACGGCGAAGGCAAGGGGCCGGAGAAGCAGUUAAACCCGAAGAAGAAAGUGUGGGAAAGCGUACAACCGGGCUUCUUCACGAGUGAGGAGUGUGCGGUUGGGUUUGAUGCGGGCAGGCCCGGCGUGGAGAUUGAGGGCGACAAGGAGAAGAAAGGCUGGUUGAUCGUGGAGGGAAAGGGGAAAUGUACGGUCCAGACGCUGAAGGGAGCCGUGGUGAGGUGAUCCGUCGUCGGUGUCGAGAUGAACUCGCCUGUCCAGUCACCAAAGGAUCCCAGGCGUAUCUGGCGUCGGUGACCAAAAAAACGGACGGAAUGUGCCUUCUCUUCUCAUGAGGAGGACCUCAAAAAUGAUUCAUGCGGUGCGUGCGGAGAUGAAAUGGUCUACGAAAUAAAAGGAUCGGACCGAUGAGAUAGAGCAUAGAGCCCAUGUACGAGCGUCGUGUCGCGCUGCAUCGUCUCGCAUCGCAGCAGGGAACCGAGGGAGCAGGACAGAUACUGUAGAUCCUCGCGCCAAAAGACCCGUGGUGCAGGGAACAAGAUACCCCCGUUUGCUUGGAAGAGCAAGAUCUGGAACCGGACCUGAACUCCAGACCAAGAUGUAAGAUGCAAGGCUUGGGGCUGAGCCUCCGUCGUAGCCCAGAGCUGAUGCUGGAGCGGCAUUGAUGGCAUGAUAUGGUGGAUGCAAGUCUCUUCGCUCUACGCAUGACGGGGAUCCAGUUGCAUGUACUGUACAUAUUAUAUGGAUACACGCAGACAGGAAAUUCUAG